UGGCUUUUUGGACACACAGCUCUCGGGCGUGCGUGCGUGCGUGCGUGUGCUCGCAGCUGGAAAGAAAGCAUUGGCGCACAAAGGCACGUGCGCAGUCACGCGCCAUCUUGGCGCGUCCUGAAAAGCUCCACGGGGGCAUCUGAAGAGAGGAUGUGCUCAUAAGAGGAAGCUGCGAGACGAACAUAUUGCCUUGUUUAUCUUCGCAGGCCGUUUGAGGAGACAGCAAAGACAGCGAACACAGCCGCGGGUGCUCGCCGUCGUCAUGGGGACGGCAGAGAAGCGGCCGCGGCAACAAUAUAUUCCGAUAUACGGAAAAAAUGUCGUGACGUAGACGGCAGAGUCCAAUGCGGAUUGUUUUUGACUGUGAGGCAGAUGCGCGCCACUCGCGUACGUGAUCAGUCACCCGCCCAGCUGGCACUCAUUUAAUAAGGACAUAUCAUUACAUUCGAUUCAUUCAAUCCUUCAUUCGGGGUACGCCCUGAACCGGUCGCCGGCCAAUCGCAGGGCACGUAGAAACAAACGAGCAUUCGCGUUCACAUUCACACCUACGGGCAAUUUGGAGUCUCCAAUGAAUGCAUGUUUUCGGGGAUGCCCGGAGAAAAGCCACGCAGGCACGGGGAGAACAUGCAAACUCCACACAGGCCGGGCCGGAGUUGAACCCGCAACCUCACAACUGUGAGGCAGACGUGCUAAACCGGUCGUCCGUGGCCCAAAUUGUAUUUAAAUCAGUCACUGACGGUGUACUCGCCUGACUUUGGUGCGGGCAGCGCGGGUUCAGUUCCCAGUCAGUGAUGGUGCGAACGGUUGUCCGCGUCUACACGUGCCCUGCGAUUGACCGGCGACCAGUUCAAGUCAUCUGGGAGAGGUUCGGGCACGCCCGCGACCCGCGUGAGGAGAAGCGCCACGGAAAACGGACGGAUGGACGGGUAUAUUUGCCGAAAUUGGAAUCAGGUCGGCUGAAGAAUCUGCGACAGCAGCUCCUUGCCAGUGUUCUCUUUUUGGAAUUUGAACUACUACCGUUGAACUCAACUCAAUUCAUGCAGUGAAAUCUCAAAACAAAAGCACAAGUAUGUUUUCAGUCAGGCAUUUGCCGGGCAUCCAUCCAGGAAGUGCCACAACCAUGCGAGGAACGUGCCGUGCCGCAAAUGUGUUAAAAUCCGGACGGCCGCGUGAUAGAAGGCCCCAAAAGUAAUAGUCGAAAGGUUUAACGUAGAGUGGAAGGCGUCUCACGAGAGUGACCGAGGCCCCGUUUCACGGUUCACCGAGGACGUGACAGGAAGUGACGGAGCGCGCCAGCUAUUUGCCACGGUGCCUCCAAAAGUUAUAAAUAAACACCAAGUCAUUGUCGAGUGGUGCUCGCGAACGCUGUAAGAUGCGCACACGCCCGUCUCACGGCAGCGCUAUAUAAACCCGUCCCGCAAUCCCGAUUCUCACUCGGGAAUUUGCUCCAAUUCCAAGAGAUGAGCCGACGUGCGCGAAGCGACGCUACGAGACACGGGCGCUGGUGGUGGUGGGACCGUCAGGACCCGGGUAUUUCCCCGGCGCUGGCCCCCUGCGCGCCCCUCUUCGCUCCCCACGUCCGGAGGCCCGACGACGGGCGCGAGGACCAGCGCAGGUGGCGGGUCGACCUGGACGUGGCGCACUUUUCCCCGGAGGAGAUUUCCGUUCGCGUCCGAGACGGCUUUCUGCAAGUCGCAGGAAGACACGAGGAGAAGCCCGACCGGCACGGGUUCAUCUCCAGAUGCUUCACGUGGAAAUACAAGCUCCCGGCAGAGAUGGACGUCAGCAAAAUGGUGUCGUCGCUAUCCGCGGACGGCGUCCUGACCGCGGAAGGUCGCGCGUCGGCGCUCCGAUAAAGGUGGAGAUUGAGGUUGCGCUAGAAGAAGAAGAAGAAGAAGAAGAAGAAGAAGAAGGAGGAGGAAAAACCCUGGAGAGCAGCCCACUACCGGAAGCUUCCCCAGCUGAAGACGAGCGUGCCGGAGCCCUGCGGCGUGACCGAGGCCGCCAACAGGAGGAGGAGGAGGAGGAUGAGGAGAGUGAGGAAGAAGAGGGCCACGGAGAGCCAGCUGGUCACGGACAGCGGCCUUCAGAUGGCGACGCAACGGAGAAUCUUCCGGAUGUUCCGCAGCUGCCACUCGAAGAGGGUGAAGUGACGGCAGAGGCGGGCGACUCCGGGGAAGCGGCCCGGCCCGAGGAGCGGCAAUGAGGAGGAACGGGUGGUUGCCGCGGAGACGCCUUCGGCUCGCCUAUAUUAAGGCUCAAAAUUCAGUACGGUGGACCCCCGCUACUCGCGGAGGACAGGGACCGGGUCAA